AUGGAGACUUGCCCCGGUGUGCUGGCCGCCAACAACGAGAAGGAAACAGAGUCUGGAGAGGACAUUGGUAUGACAGAUAUGAAGAUCCGCCAUAAUCACGCCCUCGCCCGUCGUCUCCCGUACAACUUGGUCUUGUCCUACCGCGAGAACUUUCUCCACGAUGGAUCGACACACAACAUGGCCAUCGACAAGAUCAUCGACUCCAAUUCUCCUCACCUACACGCCUGGCGGGGUCCGAUGAUUGCGUAUGGGACUGAUGCCUUCGAUGACGUUCCUUUCAGUCAAGAUCCGUCUUACAGCCAAGAUCUCGGUCCUUCCGACCUUCGUAUUAUCGCGCACAAGCUCAACACUUACUACUUCAAGUACGCAAUUGGUUCGACGAUUGAGGACAUCAAGGAAGAGUUGAGUAGUGUAGUCGGCGUACGCAUCAACUGCGAUGGCGAUGUCGAAGUUGAAGGUCGCCCUCGCUACGAGCCUAUGGAACUUCCGGCCUACCGUUCGUUCUUCCACGCAGCCACCGAUGUCUCAGAGCACAUUGAGCUACCCAUCGUUGUCCAGCGCCUCCCCGGAAGCAUUCGCAAGUGGGGAACUAGGGCGAACACCAGUUCUUCUCCCUAUACCAACACUGGAGCUACAUUCCUCAACAUUGGCUGCAAACCCGAGCGUAAAGAAUGGGGUCUCAACUUCGGUCUCGCACCACUGGAAUGGCAGGACUCUGUUUGCAGUGUCGUCGUAAUGCGCAAAGACAGGAAAGCACUGCUGCCGGGACAUGUCGACGCGCUUGUCAAAUACCAUCAGGAGCAUCUCAUGGGGUUCUUCCAGCAUGAGUCCGAGACUACGUAUGGAGGUACGGAGGAUGAGGUGCAGCGGGGCAAGGCGCGAGUUAUGGAGGAGAUCACCAAGGAAAAGUUUGAGGAGUAUUACGAGGCUUGGAAGCCGUGGCAGGCGGACGAGGUGAUAUUGCAGCAGGUCUCGCCCUACGACUUGUAG